AUGGGGGGGUGCCAAUAUGCCGAAUGGCAGCCCAUUUCCAAACCCCGACCGGCACUGCAUGGAAUCUUUCCGACAUGUCAGCAAACUGCCGACGCCCCGGAGCCUCCGGACCAUCUGAAGGCCCGAGACAGACCUCUCUCUUGCCCGUGCUCAGGUGGCCGUCCACCUUGGGGCCGUGAUGAGGCAGUCCGAGGUCAUUCCGAGGGGGACGGUCCUACUGAGGUCCCAGAGAGAUGGGUGCAGGGAACGAGCAAGUACGGCUGCCUCGACUACCCUCCCCGAGAGAGGCCUGGGCAGCCAAGUGCCCAAGAUGCCGGUUUCUCAGGAAGGGGGUCAGUCCCGAGAGCUGGCACUGCGGGGAAAAGCGUCGGGCCCCAGCCCCGCUUGGCAGUUUCCGAGAGAACACUCGUGAGCCCCGGGGCCCAGCGGGGGUGGGGCCAGCCAGGGCGGGGCGCGCCCCCCCCCCCCCCCCCCGCUUCCCCAGGGGGUCCCGGGGCCGCGGCUAUGGGGAGGAGCCUCUGGGAGUUCCCGGAUGUGCAGCUGGGGCGGCGGGCUGGCAGAGCCUGGGAAGUGGCCGCGAGGAGUCUGGCGGCGGCGGCGGCGGCCGGCGGGCCACGGGCCACGGGCCACGGUGAGAGGCCGCGGGGGAGGCCGGCCCCCCCGGCCGAGGCGGCUCGGGGAGCGGGGGGGACGCGCGCCCCGCACGUGAGGGGCCAGCCUGGACGGUGGGACGCGACGCGACGGGCCGGGCAGUGCAGGGGCGGCCUUCGCCUCCCGACUCUGGGCCGCUGGGCCUGGCUGCCCCCUCCCCCGCGUCCCCUCCGCGCCCCUCCGCGCCUCCCCUGUGGGCAGCCGUCGGCCCUGGGCGGAACCCCGGCUGGGAGCCGCCCGCCGCGCCCGCGGGAUGCCAAGGCCGAUGCCCGGGCUCCGCUCGGUUGA